AUGAUGGCUCGGUCAGCCUACCCCGGGUUCUUGCCCAUGUAUGCCAUGCCACCACAAACUCUCCUAUCGCCCAUCAACGAGUGUCACCAGUGCCAGCUGUGGACCGGAUGCGAUUGCUACACUGCUGAGUUAGCAGUCCCACCGGGCACACCGGCCUCCUCGUUGGCCUCCGUACACCGGGAGGUUGAAAUCCGUGGCCGUCAGUUGUUCGACACAACAGCCCCGACUACAUCAGACUUCAUAACGACUACUUGGGCACCUCAAUGUGGAGCGUGGUCUGCGUACCAGCACUUGGACUUCCAACCACCUGAAUCUGUUGUAUACAACCCUACUCAUCCGUGGCCAAAUCCCGUUGACAAUCCUCCUACUCUAGGCCAAAACUGGCUAUACACUCCCGAUGUUGAACUUCAGGCUGAGCCGGCCCCGGAAAGAGCGACAACAAGCAAAACGACGAGGAUGGCGAACGAUCGAAAGCCGGAAUCGAUGAGUCAACCACCCAUGAAGAAGGCGCGUCUUAGAGCGAGAGCGCAAGCCUCACCGUUAAGCACGACUUUGUCCGAUGGAAACGCCAAGUGCAUUGAGAACGCCAAUGAGCGCAGGGACAGUGACCGCGAUACCUGCUCAUCAACCAGACCGGAAGAGAAAAAGACGUACCGCGUCAAAAACCGAGCCGCUGCAAAGCGAUGCCGUGAGAAGACGAAGCAACAUGAGAUGGAUCUCGCCGCUCAAGAGAAGCGGGUCACACAAGAGCGAAUGUACCUCGAUGCUUGUGUGACGGCGCUCAAGAACGAGGUCCUUGUCUUGAGAAGCCAGAUUCUCGAACAUGGAGGUUGCGACUGCGAGAUGAUUCGAGGAUAUAUCGCAAGAACAGCCAAUAAUGUCAGCAUCGGACUUCAUGGAGAAUGCCAGUUGGUGUAA